CGUUAGGCUCUUUUAAUGUCCAUCGAUCAUUAGCCCCCCACUUGAUAGAAGAGUGUCCAAAGCAACUUUUCAGGGAAAUUGAACACGGCAACAAGCAUUAGCUUUUGAUCCCCAGACGGCAUGAAAGACAUACAGCUCUCAACAAGCAUCAUUUGGUCAUUUUAGUUGAGUAUGACAUUUGAUUAGUCUAAAGUGCAUGUUUAAAUUAAGGUCUACUCCCUCCGAUCCAUAUUAAUUGUCGAAAUAUUACAUGUAUCUAGACGCUUUUUAUCCAUAGAUACAUUCAUAUUUGGACAAAUUUGAGACAAUUAAUAUGGAUGGGAGGGAAUAUUUGAUUUGGAACACAAGAUCUCUAAGAAUUCGACCACAAAAAAAGGCAUCAUAACUCCUGUCUGCAAAUGGGCCGGCUCGCGAGAGAAGGCGACGGUAUAUCUACCAGUAUAAGUAUAGCAUCGGUUCGUAUAGUAUAGGAGUACUCUGUAUCGAUCGCUGUGGUUUUCGUGGCAGCUGGAAGAAUCCAAACGAGAGAUCUAUACGUCGUUGGCUAGAUCCAUCCAUCCCAUCAGCAAAUUAAUCAAGUUCAAUUGGAGGCUUGGAGCAUAUACGUACGUAGCUUUAGCUGCCUGUAAUGAAUAAGGUGUGUCCAAAUCGAGCUUCAUUCCGUGGGCCAAGAAAUACAGUUGGUUUAUGGAUGGUGUGUAGAGUAUUGGUGUGUCUCACUCUCAGAUCAGCGGUGUGCAUGUACGAUGAGAUUGAUGCUAAGCUGCCAGGGAUGAGUGUACAAGGACAGAGUAUUUUGUCCUCCAUGGCAUUUUGAAGUGCUGCCGCCAUUCAAUGAAAGGAACAGACGGUAGUAAGCUGCGUGUGUCCAUGCAUGGCACGACGCAAGAGACCUGAAAGACGAGCAGAGGAUUAAAUUACAGUACACAGAAUCGAGAUUGAUUCUGAUUGGCCCGUGUGUAGAUCCAAACCAAACGGGCGUAAAAGUCAAAGGUCAGCUCUUACUUCCUGGGAUCUGAGCAGCUGAGCAAUUAAGCAGUAAUAACAACCAAUACAAAAAUCAGAUCAGAUAAAAAAAACAAGGGAGCAAGACGUGCCAUGAAAAUGGCCAGCAGCACCAUUUCGUUAUUGUUAACACUCCCCCUGAUCGACCUGACGCUGACGAGGAGCAUAAAACCCCACACUCUCUGCUGCGCAUCUCAGUCUUUGUCAGUCCCUCUCUCUCAGACACAAACAGAGCAGGGCAGCGAGCAAGAGCCACGUCCGUCCGUCCAUCCAUCCAUGGCGGCGACCGGCGUCAGGCAAGAGGAGCCGAGGCAGAAGGGGGCCAAGUUCGUCCUCUCCAGGCUGCUCUCCCGGGAUUCCACUGCCACCGGCGCGCGCGCGCCGUCCUUCAGGGUGUACUACGGCGUGGCCUCGGCCGGCGCCGUGCCGUUCCUCUGGGAGUCGCAGCCCGGCACGCCCAAGAGCUCCCCCGCCGAUCACGCGCCGCUGCCGGUGCCGCCCCUGACGCCGCCGCCGUCCUACUACCAGCUCGCCGGCGCCAAGGAAGACGCCGCCCGCCGCAACCGCAAGGCCGGUAGUAAGACCAAGCGCAAGUCAUCCAGGCCGGCGGCGGCGGCCGGGCCCACCCUCGCCUCCUUCCUGUCCCUGUCCCUGUCCCUGCCCCGGACCGGCACCGGCACCGGCAAGCCGAGAUCGGCUUCUUCCUCUUCGUCCUCUUCUUCUUCCUCGAGCUCCUUCUCGUCCUUGUCGUUGUCGUUCCGCGGCGCGCGGUCGCCGGCGCAGGGAUCGUCGAUGCGGCGGGGGAGCAGCAGGAUGCACGCGUUCUCGGACGAGGAAGAAGAGGAGGAUGCGGCGGCGGCCAUGACGACGUGCUUCAGGGUGCGGCAGGAGAGCUUCAGGGCGCUGAGGGGAUGUCGUGCCGCCAUGGCCGUCCGGAGCGCGCUCGCGUCCGUCGGCGGCACUGCCACGGCACACACGCACAGGGUCGUCUAGUAACUACUGUAAUUUAAUGAAAUCUCGCAGUGGCAGGGUGACGACUGACGAGGAGGCCGGCCGGCCGGCCGAUCAUCAAAGGUGUACGUUGUGCUUGAGGAUUUCAGCUUGUAAUACUACAGUUGCAAAAGGAGAAUAUGAGAAUAGUCAAUGCGCAUGCAUGCAUGCAUGCAUGCAUGCAUUACACAUGUAUGUCAGAUCAGAUCUCCUUGCAACAUGCAUGCAUGAUCGAUGUUGUUAUUUGUUACGGUUAAUUUUCGACUGGACUUUUGCAUCAGGAGUCCAUCAAAAGUGUUUUGCUUGAGCAUGUAAUACUGGUGUAUAUGAAAAUCGAAAUACUCUUUUUUUUCGGGGAUA